UAAUAUGGACAUUUUAUCCGUGUUUAUCCCGAGAUAGCCGCUCGUGGCAAAAAGACGCAGAAGAAAACACGCGAAAAGUGCUCAAAAAGCGCCCCGUUGGCCACGAAAAAGUGGAUUUGGGGUGUAGGUGGUGUAUCACGGCAGGUGUUAUUGUACGCGUGAUCUGUGAUACCGUGCGUAGGUGGCGGUGAACGAGCUACCUGGAAGGAAUGAAUUUCGGGUCUUCAAAGUCAUUCAAUUUUGACCACAUACGGCAGCCAAACCACCCCCAUCGGGACAAUAUGAGAAUGCACCAAACACCAGGACGGAGUGUAGCCCUGUCGGCGGAGGCGAAGGAAUUCAUUCCAAAAAAUAAGAUGGUGAAUGACGUGAGUCAGCGUCGUCAGGCACCGGGACCCCAUCAUCCGCACAUGGGUGGCCACGUCUACCAUCCGCAGCAACCGCCACACGGACAGAAUUUCCAUCAUCCACCGCCGCAGCAUAUGCCAUCCGGACGGCAAUUCCCCGCGUCGGCAAUUAAUCAUCCCUACAUGCACAUGCAGCAGCAGCAACAGCAGCAAAUGACAUUCAUGCGGCACCAGCAGCCACAGCAUAUGAACCAUCCCAUUGGUAUGUACACGGAGAUGCAAUUGGCGCAGCAAAUGCAACGUGCAAGUGUCCAGGAGCGCCUCAAUCCCACACGGCAGGUAAUCCAUCCGAUGCCAAUGCAUGAGGCACCGGCUGUGCAGAAUAACUUUGAAGCACCAGCUGUGCAGGAGAAUCCGCCCCACGAGGAGACGAGUGCACUCGAUAUGCUCUCCCACAUUAUCAAGCAACUCACCGACCAGCCGGGCAUGUAUGAGGAAGUUCAGGUGGAGAUCAAGGAAAUGUUUGCAGACUUGAUGGGCAGUCGUUUCGUGAUGAGCAAUGCAGUUGAGUUGAUUUUUGAUCACAGCAUCAAUGAGUCCAAUUUCCGCUAUAUGGGCGCAAGGCUGUGCCAAUUACUUGACAGCCUGAGUUUGCAGCAGAGUAAUGUCUUUCGCUCGAUGCUGUGCCUCAAAAUGAACCAUCACAAGAUGGAGAUGGAGCGUUUUAUGUUGAAUGAGCAGCAUAUUGUGCGCGGGACGACGCUCUUCUUGGCUGAACUUUAUAUUCAGAUGCAAAAUGAUGGAUCACGCAUUCUGGAGAUUGGUGAAUGUAUUGUCAGCUCAAUGGCAUUGCUGUUGAAUAAGCAAGGACCCGAGAAUGUUAAGUGUGUCUGUCAGUCGCUCAAGCUCUGCGGGUACGAGCUUGAGAUUGAUUGUGGUGUCCUCCUUGUUGGUAUAACCAAUACAUUGGCGCAACUUGAGACAUCUGUUGACGUCUCAACGGGGCGUCUUAUUCGUUCCGUGCUGGAUCUCAAGGCAAAUCGAUGGGGACGUACAGCACCAAUUGCUGUUGCACCAAUUCAGGAGGUAAAUCAUUACGACUGCAACGAUUCUCCCGUCUUCUAUGGACCCGAUGGCCAAGUCCUCACGGAGGAAGAGAGCUCCUUCCUCUCCGCCCAGGCAUCAGCCUAUCCCAACAACAACAACUUUGAGGAGUACCUCGACAAUGACGGUGAUGAAUUGGCCGACGCUGAGCCCGAAAUGGACUUGGAAAUUCAACUGGCGUUCCGUGAAUUUGUGCAGACGCAAAAAAAGACAUCGUCUCAGAAUAAAAAGUAAAAGUUAAAAAAAAAACAAUUAUACAGCAUCGCUCUCAUGAGAGAAAAAAAAACGGAGAGCGAAAAGUAAUGCAGCGAUGGCUUUUCUCAUCUUCACAACAUUAGAAGAGUCAUAUUGAAGGUGGAAAUUAAAAAGAAUCCUUCUAGCAGAAAAAAAUACAAAAAAAAAAACAUUGCAUGCUUCUCUUUGAUGGGGGGUGGUUUUUCAGUUAAAAUAACAACAAAAUAAACAAACAAAAAUCUACAGCAAAAGAUUUAAAAAAAAAAGUGAAAAGGAAUUAAAAGGGAUAAUUUUUCAUAAAAGAGAAAAAUUUCCCGCGCAAAAAAAAGAACCUUCUCAUGGUUAGUCAGGAGCAAUUUUAUCGCAUACAUAUUAUUAUACAAAUUAUAAAAAAAAGAAAAACAAAAUUUGAAUGAAAAGAAAAGUGACAUAAAAUGUGAGAUUUAUGUUUAAGCAGAAAAUUGUAAACAUUUUCCCCAAAUUACUUUUUUUUUUCUUGUCAUUUUGCUGCAAAAUAGAAAAAAUUGCACAAGAAAAUUUACAAUGAAAAAAUUCUACUUAUCACUAUGUUUUUUUGCAAUAUAUAUUUUGUUAUUUUUUGUGAUUGCUUUUGCAUUAUUUCCAUAAAAAAACAUUUACCCUUUUUUACACCCCCACCAAAAAAAAACUAAAAAAAAGAGCACGGAUUUUUUCUCAAUUAUUAAGAAAAUAAAUUUUAAAAAAAAUAUCAAUUGAUCAUGAAAAAAUCUCACGUAAAAAAAAUAUUCUUGAAUUUCAAGAGAAAAAAACUUUAAAAGAAAAUUAAUUAAAAAUCAUGAUUGUAAAAGAAAAAAAAGUUGCAGAAUGAAAAUAAACGUGCUGAAAAAUCAUUUCUCCACAAAA